CACCACAACCAUGGCCUGCAACAACCUCUGCCGUCCCUGUGGACCCACCCCGCUGGCCAACAGCUGCAACGAGCCCUGUGCCCUGCAAUGCCAGGAUUCCCGUGUCAUCAUCGACCCUGCCCCUGUGCUGGUCACCCUGCCAGGACCCAUCAUGACCUCCUUCCCCCAGAACACCGCUGUUGGAUCCACCUCCUCGGCUGCCGUGGGCACUGAACUCAGUGUGCAGGGACAGCCCAUCUCUGGUGGAUUUGGUGGCUUUGGCUAUGGCCUUGGCUAUGGCCGUGGAUUUGGCUAUGGGCUGGGCUGUGGCUACGGGCUGGGAGGCCUGGGCUGCUAUGGCAGAAGGGGUGGCUACAACUGCUAA